CCAAGCUCCAGCAAGUGGCCGGUCAGUGGCUGUGAGCACAGACCCCAGAGAUGAAGACCCUGUUCCUGGCCGUCAGCCUCAGCCUCAUCGCUGCCCUGCAGGCCCAGGACGCCCCAGCCGCGGACGAGGAGAGUCAGGAUGUGUCAGGAAAAUGGUAUCUGAAGGCCAUGACAGCAGACAAGGAGAUUCCUGGGGGGAAGCCAGAGUCUGUGACUCCCUUGACCUUCACAGUCCUCGAGGGGGGAAACCUGGAAGCCUCCAUCACCAUGCUGAUAAAUGGCCAGUGCCAGGAGAUAAAAGCUGUGCUGGAGAAAACUGACGAGCCGGGCAAAUACACGGCCAACGGGGGCAAGCGUGUGGUGUACCUCAUCAGGUCAUCCGUGAAGGACCACUACAUUCUUUACUGUGAAAGCGAGCUAAGUGGGACGAAGAUCAAGGUGGCAAAGCUCAUGGGCAGAGACACUGAGAAUAACCCAGAAGCCCUGGAGGAUUUUAAGAAGUUCAUGGGAGCCAGAGGCCUCAGUCCGGAGCACUUCCUCAUCCCCAAGCAGAGUGAAACUUGCUCUCCAGGGAGCGAUUAGGCACCCAGGGCAGCACCACCCAGCUCCUCUGUCCUGUGCAGGAACACGAGACGAGCCUCUGAGACCCGGCUGGCUGCACCCUCUGCCACCCUUACUGCCCCCUCAGUCCCUCUCCUGCUUCUACAUAAAGA